CACCGUCAAUGUUGAGAAAGAAGAGGAAGAAGAUGGUUUCCUACAUUAUCGCAGCCCCGAAUCCGCCACGGACCUUGAUUGGCCAGCCAAUCAUAGGCUGUCACAGCAGAUCUAGAUAUCAGCAAGCACGCUCCUCCAAAUACCCUCCACCGAGUUACGACAAUAGCCAUAGACGUCUUCGAACGGUUAGAAGAGAGAUGCCGAUCGAACGUAUCCCGGCAUAUGUGACGGGGUACUCGAGGAGACAUCACGACUAUGAUGAUGACUAUGAUUCGGGUUAUCACGACCCUUAUUAUCCCGCCACAUAUAGCAGCGCAACGAAAGCGUAUGGGUAUUGUGGUAAAGGCCGUCUGCGGUCCUUUGGAGAUCGUGUGCGCGGCUCGACGAGACGCGAGUUGAGAGAUCUAAUGGAUUAUUGUUUCGAUGACGAUGAGGAAGUGUCUGCUUGCAACCGGUACAGCUGUAGAUAUUCCUAUUAUUAA